AUGCAUUUCAUUGUCACGACAGACGUCAAGAAGGCGGAUCCAGAGACGAGGAAGCUCAUCAGGAGUCAGGUAAUGAUGGGGCAAAACCGCGGCAAGUCUCGUCGUGCCAAACAACGAAGAGCAACAAGUUGGGCAGUUAUGGUUGAUUCCAAACGAGGUCCACCGGAGCCAUUGGAUACAUUUGUCGACGCUUACCACUCAGCUAUUCCCGGAAGAGUCGGUUCGGAUCUGUCCUUCGCCGAGUUUGCUGCUGAGAUGGAUUCGGCGGCGUUUGGGGAUGUGAUGAGAUUCUUUGAUAUGGCAGCGAGAGCAUCGUUCCCUCUGGUGAUGGUGACUGGGUUCAGCAACAAAGACAUGGCAUGGCUUAAUCCGCUGAAGUUCGACGCUGCUUAUCUUCACGUAACCGUGUUCGCAGCCGAGGUCUUCAUGGACAAGGUAUUGGGUCGACAAUAUCCUACCACUAACCAAGAUGCCACUGUGCAUUUUUUGAAAGGAAUUCAAAUCCUACGCCAAAGGCUUUUACUAGGAGACGAGAACACCAAACUGUCAGAUUCUACAAUAGCGGUGGUUUUGACCUUGGCCAUGAGUGCAUUAUUUAUGGGCGAAUAUGAGACCUUCAGGCAUCAUAUGGUGGGCCUUCGCAAGAUGGUCCACCUAAGAGGAGGCAUAGCUGCCUUCAGAGGUAACAAGCUUCUCACAGAAAUGUUCAGAUGUGAUAUAGGCAUGGCAAUUCAAAAUGGAUCAGAGCCUUUCUUCUUCAACAACCCUCUUUCAGAGCCCGUUGUGCCUUAUCCAGACCAGGAGCUGUUGUCAAUUCGAAAGAGCGUUGGCGUCACAGGAUCUCAGCACAACUCAGAAGGCUUGCUCCGCAAGAUGGAUGAGAAUCUAGCCGUAGCCUGGAGAGUCAUGCAGAGAUUCUGUUCAAUCGUCAAUCUUGCCGUGGAAACCCAACGAAUGCUUUCCCCGAGACUUCUCUAUGAUACCAUGGCUUCGGUCAUGUAUCGCCUUCUCUAUAUGAACUUUGAUCCUGGCUCGGUGGACGAAGCAGUACGGCUCGGUCUAUUAGGCUUGACUUAUCAUAUUUUCUUGCAGUGGCAAUAUCUGAGGUUGCCCUAUGUUUAUUUUCCUUCUGUUUACAAAAAUUGCCUCCUGGACCCCAAACUUAUGGAUGGGGCCUCCUCCCAGAUCAUGCUUUGGUUUCUGAUGGUUGGAGCCGUUUCGGCAUUUACUCCUUCCGACCACCCAUGGCUGAAGGAUUGUUUGCGAGAACACAUCGACAUAUGUCAAGUGAAGUCGUGGAACGAGAUGCGGGGAAUCUUGAAAUCUUUUAUGUGGAUUGGCCUGCUACAUGACAAGCCGGGGAAGGAUGUCUUUGAUUCCGUCUUAUCAUGA